AUGUCGAAACAGAACUACAAUGGCGCACCUCCCAAAUACAUCAACGAUUUCAGCAAGGCUUUGGCGGCUGAAGUCCGCAUCCUGCUUGAUGAAGUUGGCAAGCUUCGAGAUGAGCGCAGAGCACUCCAGUACGAGAUUGCCGAACUCAUGGCCGUGAAAUCCAAACAUGGGGGAGGAGACUAUCCGCCAGACUGGCACCCAAGGUCCAUCCAAGGACCUGAAGAACCCCCUGCUGAAGCCCCUCCUCCUCCGCCAGAAGAGCCUCUAGCGCCUGCCAGGCCCGGCUGGCGUGUCGUGCACAAACGAGCUGAACGCAAGGAACGUGCACACAAAACCCCCAAAGCCCUUCCAGCUCCUGUAGCUGCGCCACCACCUAUGGAGCAGCCAAGACCUAAUGUACCAGCAUGGGCUCAGUGGAGACCCAAUCCACUUCUUGCGCCUCAAGUUGCCGCACCCUCUACUCCAACUCCUCAAUCGCCUCCUCCUCGUUCCGGGCUGUUCGGUCCCUCCACUCCUCCUCCAAAGUAA